UGCACUUGUAAUACUCAUGCACGUGUUCCCUUACAAGUCCUGAACGACAAUUAACCAUUGAAAUAACGUAAAAUGGGGAAAGCUAAGAAAAUAAAAGUUUCCAAGGAUGAAAUGAGCAAGAAGAAAAUUGGCUUAGCUGAACAAUUGGAAAAUGAAAAUACGCUGAAAAUCAAAGAACGCAAGAAAAUUCGUAAUCGUACCGAAGAGCACGAAGAGUUUAUCGAUCCUAAAAUUUCGAAGAAAAUUUUAUUGCAAGCUCGAAUACAGCAGCAGGAAAUUAAGGAGGAAGAAUUGGGAUCGUCCACUUCAAAAAAAAAAUCAACAGAUUUUCAGGAUUUGUUUAGCGAUGAUGAUGAGUCGUCUAGUGAUGUAGAGAGCAUUCAAAAUGAUUAUUACGAAGAUAUUCAAAUAGAUCCAGAGGACGAGAGGGCUUUAGAGAUGUUUAUGAAUAAGGACGGAGUGCCUGUGAAAAAUCUUGGUGAUAUUAUAAUGGAAAAACUGUUGGAGAAGAAAAGAGAACUAGAAACUGAAUUAUCGGAUGUUGCGUCCCUGCAAAUGCAGGAUAUCGAUCCAAGAGUAAAAGCCAUGUACGAAGGAGUUAAAGAUGUUUUAUCUAAAUACCGUUCUGGCAAAUUGCCAAAAGCCUUUAAAAUUAUACCUAGUUUAAGAAAUUGGGAGCAAAUAUUGUACAUAACUAAUCCACUUGGAUGGUCGGCUGGUGCAAUGUAUCAAGCGACUAGGAUAUUUGCCUCCAACUUAAAGGAGAGAAUGGCUCAGAGAUUUUAUAAUCUUGUUCUUUUACCCAGAAUUAGGGAUGAUUUAGCGGAAUACAAAAGACUGAACUUUCAUUUGUAUCAAGCGUUAAGGAAGGCACUGUUUAAGCCAGGAGCCUUUAUGAAAGGUAUCAUAUUGCCUCUUCUCCAAUCUGGCACAUGCACCCUAAGAGAAGCCGUAAUUAUUGGAUCGGUAAUUACAAAAAAUUCGAUACCUAUUUUACACUCGUCCGCAACAUUGUUAAAAAUUGCUGAAAUGGAUUAUAAUGGAGCUAAUAGUGUUUUUAUGAGGAUAUUUUUAGACAAAAAAUAUGCCUUGCCGUACAGAGUCGUCGAUGGACUUGUAUUUCAUUUUUUGAGAUUUGAAAGAGACAGAAGGGAGUUGCCUGUUCUGUGGCAUCAGGCUUUUCUGACAUUUGCCCAGAGGUACAAAAGUGACAUAAGUUCAGAACAAAAAGAGGCAUUGUUAGAAUUAUUAAAAAAACAAUCUCAUCAUACUAUAACACCAGAAAUAAGACGAGAAUUACAAGCAGCAAAGUGCAGAGAUAUCGAGUUAACAGCACCUACAACAGAACCCAUCGGAAAUCGCGUUACAUUUAUGGAUUCCGAUUAAUUUUAUAUAAAAACACUUGUAAAUUAUUGAUGAAAUAUCGUAUAGUUUGUUAAU